GCGCUCUCUCUGCGCUCUCACCUUGGCUCUCCACGACUCGACGCGUCGCAAUGUCUGAGAGUCCACGAACGCCUCCCAGACGUCCCGCGCCGGCCCUAGGCAGCUCCACUCGCAGUCCUGGAACGCCUCGGCGGCGCAAGACACCUCCGAAGAGGACUCAGGGCGUCAAGCCGAGGUCGUCAAAGUUUUCGGAGGGUAAAAUCAACGAGAACCUCAAGAGAUUGCUGCGGCUGGAGUUUGAGCCGGACCCAUGGCAAGCUCAAUUGAUUUCCAAGGUGCUACGCGGUUACGACAGCAUUUUUUGCGCGGGGACCGGCUACGGAAAGAGUCUGGUUUUCCAGGGCCUGGCGGUGCUAGGAGGGAAGAAGAAGGUUGUCAUUGUCAUCAGCCCAUUGAAGGCACUUGAAGGGGACCAGGUCAAGGAAGCCGAAUUGAAGGGUAUCAAGGCCGUCAUGAUCAACGAGGAUAACUCUCGUACAGCGGCACUCUGGACGACAGCACGCACGGAGGCUCAAAUGAUCUACAUCUCACCGGAGAUGGCACAAUCCGAGUCGUUCGCGAAGCUCUGGAAGGACCAUCGCUUCCGGGAUCGCCUACAAGCCGUGAUUAUCGACGAGGCGCAUUGUGUAGACGAGUGGGGCGCGGAGGACUUCAGGGGGCAUUAUCGCCGUCUAAGUACACUACGUCACUAUACUGGUCACGAAAUCCCUUUCGUGGCUUGUACAGCAACGUGUUCCACUUCGACGUUCGAUGUCUUAUGGGACACACUUUCGUUCGGCCUACGCCCUUUCUGGGGCAUCGAUGUUGGCGCGGACCGGCCCAAUCUCUUGUUCGUCACGCGCGCGCUGCGCAAUCCGCAGAAUCCUCUGCCAGACUUUCUUAAUAUCCUCCCUACCAACAUCACCGAUGCCACGCAGGCCUCCGAGAUCCCGAAAUCCAUCAUCUACAUCGACUCAGAGUCUGGAUGUCACGACAUGAAGGCUCAAAUCCGAAAGUGCCUCCCUGCGCACCUUCGAGACACGGUCUAUGCCUUCUCGUCAGGUGCCUCCGAGGCGGCUAAGAAGCUCGCAUGGGAGCGCUUCCAGAGUGGCCGCUACCGCAUUCUCUGUGCCACUGAUGCGGCGGGUAUGGGUUGCAACGUACCGGACAUCCGCUACAUCGUCGUUUUGAAAUGCCCGCGCUCCUUAUCGGUCGUCGCACAACGUUGGGGACGUGCAGGGCGUGACCGAACGACGCAGGCAGUCUGUCUGCUUCUAGUCCCGCAAUGGGCGUUCCGUCCUCCGCCUGUCGCAAGUCAGAUCACUGUGCAGGCUGUACAGCGCCUGCGCCGGUCGUCUACUAAGGUCAAGCCAGAGAGCAAGCGAAGUGCUACCCAGCGUGCACGGCUGCCUAGCGACCUGGAGAAGUUCAUCAAUGUAGCUGAUGAGUGUGAGCACAGCUGCCUACAUCGCUUCCUCGUUGACGCCUUCCAACCGCAAACACGGCUAGCGACGCAUAGGUCUCUCGACAACUCCGACAAACCUGUGGCAGGGUCCCGCUCUGACAAGUCUCCCUUGUUGCUCCGCUGGACCAUCUUAGAUGUUGGGAGACAUCCGCCUCGCGCACGCUGCUGUAAUCAUUGCAGCCCGGCACAUCCUGACAUCAUACAACCAGCCUCUGACAAAGACCCUCGCCUAUCCAUGUAUGCCGCCGAUUUCAUACGACCUCUCGCGGUCCUGAGCACUCGCACACGAUCCACAACCAUCACAUCACAAUCAUCAGCGUCUGGGUCCCAUUCUGUGGCGUCAACGGGUACCUCCGAGUCGGGUAAUAUCCCGCUGAAUCACGACAUCUCAGUGACCCGGCAGGACAAGGAUCGACUACGGGCUGCGCUUACGGAGUGGCGCAUGAACGCAGUCAAUCCUCAACACGACAAUCUCUUCAUGUCGUACGAAGUUGACUUUCCGACCAAGUUCAUUACCCAACUCGUCGAGGAGAGUAGGAGAAUCCUGAGGCUUGACGACUCAGAGGUCAAUGCCCAGAACGUCCUCAAGAUCAUUCGGUGGGAUUCUGCGACAGACGCGGACCUCAAUAGCCUCACCUCAGUCAUUGAGACGUGGCGCUACAACACCCUCUUGGGCAUGACACCUGUUUCACAGCGGCGAAGUCGAAAGAAGGCCCGUACAUCACCCGCCGCUGCACGUCCUCGCAUCACGCAACCAGAGUUCACUAACUCCCCUUCGGCAUCUGUACAGCCUGCCAUGCUACGCAGCUUGUCGAUGGGUGCAGACCUUGCGGCUCAAACUAGUGCCUCGUCACCGUUAGAUGUCGGGUCAGAUCCAUUCAUCACUCCCCGUGCGUCCCACACUUCUGUAGGACUGCCAGGACAAUCACAUGCAGCACACUUCACUCUGCCCCAUCCUGUCCACGUCACACCGGCAUGGAUGUCUCCAUUGGCCACCCCAACCUCCCGUUAUAGGCCUCCAAUUUGGGCUGCGCGCUCACGGCCCUUGACACCCAUGGACGUCUCGCCUCGAGCUGGGCGUUCCCGACCCUUGACGCCUAUUGACGUCUCGCCUCGAGCCGUGCACUCCCGACCUUUGACGCCUGUUGAUGUCUCGCCUCGGCCAGCUCAGUCAGUGCCACACGGAUGGCCACAUAUGGCUCUGGGCGUACAGCCAAUGCCGCCGUCACCCUUCCCAGUUGCAUAUCAUCCAUUUCCUCCGGCUGCCGCAUCAAUCAUGUCAACGCCUUACGGAACCUCAGGUCACGGUAUACCCGGCGGGAUGCCCAGCGGUUCAAGUUUACCUCCAACGCCAUACUAUAGUAGUGCCACUAGUACGCCCAGGCCUCCACCAAGUUCUGCUAGUAGCACGUACUCGCUGUCUCGGGACACAUGGCUUGCUCAGCCGGCACCGACGCCGUACUCCUCUUCGAUGCACAUGUACUAUCAGGGUAAUUAUCACUUGCCCGUUCAUUCUCCGUAUAGUACCAGUAGUAACUAUCCGAGCGAUACUUCGUACUACAAAUGAGGAUGUCUUCAGUCAUU